AUGGCAACGAAGUUCAACAGUGACAAUGAGAAGCAGGUUUUCGAUAAGCUUAAAAAGGCGCUUCCCGUUAUUAUCAAGGAAAAAUGUGAAGGUUAUGAUGAACUGUAUGGCUAUAAGUUGAAUUCUGAGGGCCUCACUCCAGAAGAGGUUGAAAAAUACUAUGACGAAAAGAUUGCCGAUUGUUUGCUUCAUAAACUUUGUAAAGCGUACCAAUUCGAAUACGACACCAUUGUGCAAAACUUGGUUGAUAUCUUGAAAUGGAGAAAGGAGUUCAAUCCAUUGAGUUGCGCCUACAAAGAAGUUCACAACACAGAGCUGCAAAGCGUUGGCGUUUUGACAUUCGACGCGAAUGGUGAGGCUAAUAAGAAAGCCGUGACUUGGAACUUGUACGGGCAGUUGGUCAAGAAGAAGGAGCUGUUUCAAGACGUGAAUAAAUUUGUGCGUUACAGAAUCGGUCUCAUGGAGAAGGGCUUGAGUUUGUUAGAUUUCACCAGUGAGGACAAUUCUUAUAUGACCCAGGUCCAUGACUAUAAGGGCGUUUCGAUGUGGAGAAUGGACUCAGACAUCAAGAGCUGCAGUAAGACCGUCAUUGCUAUUUUCCAGAAAUACUAUCCGGAACUGCUAUACGCAAAGUAUUUUGUCAACGUUCCCACCGUGUUUGGCUGGGUGUAUGACCUCWUCAAGAAGUUCGUUGACGAGAGCACUAGGAAAAAGUUUGUGGUGUUGACUGACGGUAAGAAGCUAGGCCAGUACUUAAAAGACUGUCCUCAGGAGGAGUACGGCGGGAAGGACAAGCAAAACAACUUAAGCAAGCAAAACAUCACUAACGUCCACCCAACGGCAUACGGUUUGUACAUCUUGCAAAAGCAAAUUAUUGAAGACGUCGAGUAA